CAGUGAGCUCUCGUUAGAUGUUCAACAUCUAACGAGAGCUCACUGGUGCAGUGAAAAAGGUGGGAGAAAAAAGCCUAUAUAUACACAUGCGAAGUGGCCAAGAGGGUAGGGUGUCUUCCAAGGUUAAGUUUCCAGUCACUUGUGUUCCAACGAAAAGGGUUGCUAACAGCACCUUCGUCGAAGCAAAGUGGUGGCCAUGAUGCUUCCUUGCUUUUGGGUUAUGACCUUAGACUUCGGCCACUGGCUUGUGUGUGCAAUCUGGGCCCUGAUCAGUUUGACUCGCUCAGGCUUGCUUGUCCUGCAAUGGUUCUCAUGUGGUUGCAUCUCUGAUGCUUUGUGGUUAUGGUAAUCCUUUUCUCUUAGGCUAAUCCUAAGCAGUGAAGACCACCGAACAAGUGGUGGCAAGAAUCGGGCUUUUGUCAGUGAUUGGUGAGAAAAAUUGAUGCACUAAAUAGAAAGUGUUAGUCACUAUUUUCCACAUCAGUGUGUAGCACCACAUUUAUCUUACAGCAUGUAUAUGCCACUGCCUUGUUUAAUUAAGUCGCUUUAGUUGGGUGUCCAUUGUGUUUUCUUUCUGUUUGUACUUCCCUCCUUAUGUUCCCAUGCCAUUAUUCUGUCACAUUGGACCUGAAUCAGGCCGGAGUGAUUUGGAUCACCGGCAUCCCCACCCCCCCCCCCCCCCACAGAUUCUGCUAUUCCGUUUCUAUGGAUAGUCUCAAAGCAAACACCAGAGAACUACUGCACGUACAUGAUGGCUUUGGUCUCAUUCAUGCCUGUAGCCCAUGUGGACGAGCGAGUACUACUAACACCCGUACAUCACCCCUUGCACUCUAUCUGCAUGUGGGUGGCGUUCAAACCCUUGAAGAGGUCUGCAACGUAGAUUCUCCUUCCCACCUCCUCUCGUACAUGGUCGGGGGUAUGAGUUGUAUUGUUCGGCUAGCAGCAGCAAAGCCCUGCGCGUCAAUAGGAGAGCCGCCUCCUUAAUUGUCCUUCCCCUGUCAGGCGUCAGCAGACAACAUGCCAUCAGAAGAGCUGGGAAGGUGGUAGUAAGUCUUCCAGUUUGAGGAGAUUAAAAGCUGCAUUUGAUUUCUUCCAAGUUCAGGAAAGACUCUGCUGUGACCUCAUGAAUAGGUUCAAACAAGACCCUGUGUUCACCAUUAUACUUGCGUAGCAGCUGGAGCUCAUGGCCUCUGUUUAGAGAUGUCUUCCCACCAUUCAGCAUCAUGCCAACACCAUGAAUUCCCAUAUGGAAGGCAACAGACAGAGGCCUAAUGGUUAAUUGCACGCAACGUGGAAUAAUUCUCCCCAUUGCUCUCUGUCGGAAGGUCACUCCUCUGCUCUCCAAUCCCAAGGCAAACCCAUAAUAGAAUAAGAUCAUCGAGCAACGAGCAGAGUCUACGGGUGAGUCCUGUUUAUGUUGAAUGUCUUUAGAGUAUCUUGAGGUUGGAUGAUUAUUUCUCAGGUUGAUGGGAAAAUUAGAACUAUCCACCAGUGUAUCGUUCUUGAUUACUUGUUCAUGAAUAGAGUAUUUUGAUCCAAACAAGCCUUGAUGAUAUCUUAAAUCAUUUGAGCAAAAAGAGUAGAUUGCAGAUGGAUUUUACUCACAUUGAUCUGCAUGUGCUGCGUGAGACGUGGCCGCACUGCCUUUUGCUCCACCAAUAAACAAGUCGCAAGAUCGAACCUUUCAUGGAGCCCUGCCGCCGAAACGUAUUGCUUCCGAUCUCUCCCGCAUCCCUUCAGUUUGUGGCUUCCCUCCAUUGGAACAGCAACGCAGGACAGCCUUGCUUCUCAGCUUACGUGGUCUUUAAUCUAUUGCAGACAGCAUCCGACCCAAUUAUUGAGUCGACAACACCCUAACUCAUCUCUUUGGCUGGUCUUUCCCUGUCCCAACAUAUAUACCGCCGCUCCUGAGUCCUCCACUCUUCCGUAGAGUACAUCAGCCAUGAGGCCUUCUUCCCUUCUGCGCACCUUGUCACUUAAGCUGAUCUCCUCCAAGCUCUCGCCCUCCCCUGUCGCUCCGUGGCCUCCCGUUCGCACCCCCUUCGACCGAUGGAUCGCGGCGGAGCUCGACGAGCUCCGAUUCCCCGCCUUCAGCAGGAAGACGAGCGCUCAGUGGCUGUCCAAGGCCUUGGACCUUGCGGUCGCAGCGCUAGAAAUGAUGGCCAGGUCUGAAGCACUCGCCGGCCCUCGUCUGAGUGCGGCCAACCGGAAGCUGGUCGAGGACUAUCUCGAAGACGUGAUGGAUUUGCUCGACGCGUGCAGCGGCCUACGAGACAGGAUGGAGGACAUCAAGGAGUACACCAAUUUGAUCUCCACAGCCACGCAUUACCUAGAAGGAGAGCACGAGCGAGGCGAGGGCGUCAUCCGGCGAGCGACGGCGGCGCUAGCUGCAUGCGAGGCGAUGGAGAAGCGGUGCGCGGAGCUAAAGAAAUGCGGCUCCAGCUUGCGCAAGCUGGGCGAGAGGAUCGCUGCGCACGGUGCGCCGUCAUGUGACGAAACGAGCACAAGUGCCGCCGCCGACGAGCUCCACGAGGCACUCAGCGGUUCUCGGGCUGUGACGCUGCUGGUCGUCGCCGCCACCGGCAUCGCCCUUUCCUUCAGGACCCGAAGAGGGCUGCCCGUGGUUCACUCGAGCAAGACCACGCCAUGGGGAGCCAAGCUGCAUGAGCUGCAGAAGGAAGUGAAGGAAGUGUUCGACGCGAGGAGAAGAGGUGGGCUUGUGGUGUUGGAUGAGUUAGAUGCUGCGGCUUCUUCUGCUCGGAGUUUGCGGGAUGCCAUCUCGCGACGAGAUCGGAAGGAGCUAAGAGUCAUUGUGGAUUUGGCCAGGAGGAAAUGUAGGGAGUCGGAAGAGAGGACGAGGCCCCUCGGAGAGAAGGUUGAUGAGCUCUACAGGCAAUUAAUCAGCAUCAGAGUGUCAUUACUGGGGAAGCUCACAGAAACCUAAUGAAAAGGAGGCUUUGAGAUUCCAAGAACAGAUGUAAAUAAUCACUGCGCAAUUUUCACGUUCAAUUUUGAUACGAAGGAUAUUUUCUU